CUUCUAGGAGGACCGCCUAACCGGCAGGUGGAGUUCUCUAUCGAUCUCAUUCCAGGAGCCGGUCCAGUAUCAAAAGCCUCAUAUCGUAUGGCGCCGAAGGAGUUGCAGGAGCUUAAGGCGCAGAUUCAGGAGUUACUACGACUCAGUUUCAUCCGACCGAGCGUGUCACCUUGGGGAGCACCCGUUCUCUUUGUCAAGAAGAAGGACGGAUCCAUGCGCAUGUGUAUCGACUACCAGGAUCUUAACCAAUUGACGAUCAAGAACAAGUAUCCGCUUCCCAGGAUCGACGACUUAUUUGAUCAGUUGAGGGGAGCCUGUGUGCUCUCAAAGAUUAAUUUACGAUCAGGCUACCACCAGCUGAAGAUUAAGGAGUCAGAUAUCGCUAAGACCGCUUUCAGGACUCGUUACGGCCAUUACGAGUUUGUCGUCAUGCCAUUCGGUCUCAGCAAUGCUCCAGCAGUUUUCAUGGACCUGAUGAACCGUAUCUUCCAUCCCUACCUCGAUCAUUUUGUUAUUGUCUUUAUUGACGAUAUUCUCAUCUACUCGAAGAGCCAGAAGGAGCACGAGGAACAUCUGAGGGUGGUUCUCAAAACCCUUAGACGAAAAAAGUUGUUUGCAAAAUUCUUCAAAUGCGAGUUCUGGCUCCAGCGAGUAGCCUUUCUGGGUCAUGUGAUUACUCAGGCAGGUAUCGAGGUGGAUCCUUCCAAGGUCUCAGCUGUUCAGAACUGGUCGACACCGAGGAGUCCGUUCGAGGUUUGCAGUUUUCUCGGUCUAGCUGGUUACUAUCGCAGGUUUAUCGAGGGCUUUUACAAGAUUGCCCUCCCUCUAUCCCAGCUGACGAGGAAGUCUGUGAGGUUCGAGUGGACUGAUCGUUGUGAGGCGAGCUUUCAAGAGCUCAAGAGGAGAUUAACUUCAGCACCGGUGUUGACUAUUCCCGAUCCUUCUCGGAGUUUCACCAUCUUUAGCGAUGCUUCGAGACAGGGCUUGGGAUGCGUCCUUAUGCAGGAUGGCCAGGUCGUCGCGUAUGCUUCACGUCAGCUUAAGCCGCAUGAGCAGAACUAUCCGACGCACGACUUGGAGUUAGCAGCAGUCGUUCAUGCUCUCAAGAUUUGGCGACAUUAUCUUUACGGCGGUCAUUGUGAGAUUUUCACAGAUCAUAAGAGCUUGCAGUAUAUUUUUACUCAGAAGGAGCUCAACAUGAGACAGCGUUGUUGGCUCGAGCUCGUCAAGGAUUACGAUUGCUCGAUUCAGUAUCAUCCGGGAAAGGCGAACGUCGUUGCGGAUGCCCUAAGCCGAAAGGUGAGGGGUGACUUGACGUACGUCGUUACUCAGCAGAGUCCAUUGAUUCAGGAGUUUGCCCGGAUGCACCUUCAGGCGAUCGAUGCACUUCCCACAGCCGUUUCGGGGAGUGUCAGUGCCAGUGUCAGUGCCGAUGGUGCCCUAGAGUUCAGAGGCAGGAUCGUGGUCCCGAAAGUCGAGGCGUUGCGGAAGGAGAUUUUAUCAGAGGCUCAUACCGUACCCUAUCUAGCACAUCCCGGGAGCACGAAGAUGUAUCACGAUCUGAAAGGGUCAUUCUGGUGGCGAGGAAUGAAGAAAGACGUCGCCGAGUUCGUCAGGAGAUGUUUUACCUGUCAGCAAGUCAAAGCCGAACAUCAGAGUCCGAUCGGCCUCCUGCAACCACUACCGAUUCCGAGGUGGAAGUGGGAGGAAGUCACGAUGGAUUUCGUUACGGGAUUACCGAGGUCGUCUGAACAUCACAAUGCUAUCUGGGUCGUGGUUGACAGACUGACUAAGGUCGCUCAUUUCUUACCCGUUUCGAUGAAGAUGUCUUUGGGUAAGUUGGCUGAAAUUUAUACCUGUGGGAUCAUUCGAAUCCACGGAGUGCCCGUUACUAUCGUAUCAGACAGAGACCCUAGAUUCUUCGCGUAUAACAACAGCUAUCAUUCUUCUAUUCAGAUGGCUCCUUACGAGGCACUUUACGGUCGCAAGUGUCGUUCCCCUCUUUAUUGGGACGACGUCAGAGAGCGACGAGUACUCGAUCCCAAGUUGAUCGAGGAGACAGUAGAUCAGGUCGAGUUGAUCUGGCAGAGACUCAAGACAGCUCAGAGUCAACAGAAAUCUUCAGCCGAUCAUCAUCGACGAGAUAUGCAGUUCGAGGUUGGAGAGCCAACUUUUCUCAGAGUUCGUCCGAUUCACGGAGUCGUUCGAUUCGGAAAGAGAGGGAAGCUGCACCCUCGAUUCAUUGGCCCGUUCGAGGUUCUCGAACGAGUAGGCGAGAUCGCGUAUCGAUUAGCCCUACCUCCCGAGCUAUCAGGCAUUCAUAAUGUUUUUCACGCAUCUAUCUUGC